AUGCCUAAACCUGCCAUGAAAGAUUUCAAAAGUUCAGAUCUGGUCAUUGGAAAUGGAAUGGAAGAUCCUCCUACCCACCAGGAGCAGCAAGUUGUUCAGAGAAAGAAAUGGAAGCAGCUCUCUCGGCUUCAGCGCAGCCUGAUUCUUUUCCUGCUGGCCUUCCUGUUCAUCUGCGGGAUUCUUUCCUAUCCCAGCCUGACGGAGCAGUGGAGAGGACUCUCUGAUAGAUCGUUGAAGGAGGACUGGGUUGAAAUGGAUAACAGAGGUCUCAGGCCCAUUCCUCCUGGCCUCGUCCCAAAUCUCCCACCAGGAGUUGUCCCGGGGGUCCAGGACAUCCCACCAGAAGUGAUGCCGGAAAUUCAAAGACCAAGCAUUCCAUUACUUCCCAAACCUCCAGCUAUGAGGAAGCCCCCUAGCAAGCGUGGUCCUCCAGCCCUACAGAAGCGAGGGAAUGUGUCAGACUGGCAGGUGAAAGAUGAAGAAGCAGCCACGGUCAAGAGAGAUGAAGACGGAGGGAAAGAAGCAAAAACAGUCAUUAGCUGGCGUGGGGCGAUGAUCGAGGCGGAGCAGGGGACGGAGCUUCAGUCCACUGCACAUGGAAAAGAAGGAACCGUGGCUGAUGCCGAGGAUUCUGCCAGCUUAAAACCAGUGAAGGCCGUGGAUCGUGUGGAGGCGGUGCGGGAGGCCUUCAGGCACGCAUGGAAGGGCUAUAAGGCUUUUGCGUGGGGUCAUGAUGAACUGAAGCCCAUAUCUAAGACCCAUGGAGAGUGGUUCGGCCUGGGCCUCACUCUCAUAGAUGCACUGGACACCAUGUGGAUCUUGGGACUGAAAGACGAGUUUGCCGAGGCCAGGAAGUGGGUUGAGACAGAAUUGUUCUUUUCCAAGAAUGUGGAUGUGAAUCUUUUUGAGAGUACCAUCCGUAUAUUGGGGGGUCUCUUGAGCACAUACCACCUGACCGGAGACACUCUCUUCCUGGAUAAAGCUCAAGACAUUGGGUCCAGAUUAAUGCCUGCCUUCAAAACCCCAUCUAAAAUCCCCUACUCUGACGUGAACAUUGGUAAAGGAACUGCUCACCCUCCACGCUGGACCACAGACAGCACAGUCGCAGAGGUGACCAGCAUUCAGCUGGAGUUCCGAGAGCUCAGCCGACUCACAAAGGACCCGCAGUACCAGACAUGGCUGCUGGAGGACUAUCUUCAGGCUAUAGAAGGCGUCAGAAAGAAUCUCUUGAGACAGACGUCUCCUAGUAAACUGACCUUUGUUGGGGAGCUGUCCAAUGGCCGUCUCAAUCCCAAAAUGGAUCAUUUGGUGUGUUUUCUUCCUGGCACGCUGGCUCUCGGUGCUCACAACGGCCUGCCCGCUGAUCACAUGGAGCUGGCUCUGCAGUUGAUGGAGACGUGUCAUCAGAUGUAUGCGCAGAUGGAGACGGGCCUGAGCCCAGAGAUCGCUCACUUUAACCUGCAGUCCAACAACGGACGAGACAUCGAUGUGAAGCCUGCAGACAGACACAACUUGCUGAGACCUGAGACCGUUGAGAGUCUGUUCUACAUGUACAGAUUCACCAAGGACAGUAAAUACAGAGACUGGGGUUGGGACAUACUGCAAAGUUUCAAUAAGUACACCAGAGUCCCCAGCGGGGGCUACACCUCCAUAGGUAACGUACGUGACCCCUUGAACCCUGCGCCCAGAGAUAAGAUGGAGAGUUUCUUCCUGGGUGAGACGCUAAAGUAUCUCUUCCUCCUGUUCUCUGAUGACAACGAGCUGAUCAGUCUGGAUAAGUACGUGUUCAACACCGAGGCCCAUCCGCUGCCCAUAUGGCCCUCCACCUCAUGAGGGCGGAGGCCAGAAUGAAGCUAAUCCUCACUUGCAGUGAUGUUGGCUUCAACAGGAAAGGAUGCAGGCUUCCACAGGAAGUGACCUCCUCUGCAGUGAGUUACUCAAGUGAGCAGGAAUGUUUCUGCUCUAAACUGAGGUGGCAGGUUACGCACCGAUCUUUAACUGUGCAUUUGAGAUUUAUUCAAAUGCUGUGACACUCUUUAUUCACCCAGAAGAUUUGGAUUCACCCAGAUUUGGUGGCAGUUUUAUGGGUGGUGAAAUAUCACAAAUAUUGUUUCCACUUUUUACUUUCCAAGACUUCAUUUACCUUUGAGCUCAUGGGACGCCUGAAAAGUGUGACACUCUUGCAUGUUGGACAAGCCCAUUCAGCUGCCACAAUUUUUAGAUGUUCCAUCUUCCAUAUUUUGGAAAGAAACAUUAGUGUCAGAGCGCUGUAAAUCACACGGCAGACUGCUGAAAUUACACACUGUGAAAAACACAAAGCACUUUGUAAAAUGAAGACUUCUUUUUUUUUUUUUUUUUUUUUAACAUUGUUCUUUCUAUGUGUACAGAUGGAUGCUCUCGAUGUUAUUUUUGCAGGCUGUUACAAAAGGACUCUACGUGUCAAUUUCUAAAUGUUUCCCUUUUGUGAGAGUCAGGAUGCAUUAGGGAACAUAUCGAGUACUUUACAGAUCAUCAUCUUGAGAUUUAUUUGGGAACCCUCUGGGAUUGUGUAUUUUUCUGUUAUUUAUGUUGACUUUAGUGUGCGUACUUCAGUGAAUGUUAAUGAUUUGAUGUAGUGGAUGCCGCCCGAAGCCCUGCUUGAAAUGCUGUGCUGUAGAUUUACUUUAUUAUUUACAAAUUUUGGAAGCUGUUGUGCGGCACUGGAUGCUACAUUUAGCUGAACUGCAUUCAGAUGUGUAUAUAUGUUAAUUUAUUCAUUCAAAUUUCACAGCAAAACUACAUUGAAAACUUUGUUUGAAGGUUAAACUGUGUCUGAUCAACAGUCAACAUCACAUUAAAGCUACAAAAUUUCCCUUGUCAUAUUGGAACACAGUGGUAAUUUAUAUCCCCAUGCUGCCAUCUGUUUCAAUAUGUUUGAUGAUUGUAGAGAUUAAAUGAAUCAUUCACCCAACAAUGAAAUGAAAACACCAUCAUUUACUUAAUCCAAACCUGAAAUACUUUCUUUCUGGUCAAUUCUGAAUGAAUUUCUCCUUUAAUGUUCCACAAAAGACAGUUUUACAGGUUUGGAAUGACAUGAAGGUGAAUAAAUAAUCACAGAAAUUUCAUUUUUAGGUGAACUGUUGGUGUACAAAUCCUUUAUGUAGGUGUUUUUUUUGGUCUGAUUUUUCCAGUUUGUUUCAAUGCUUGGAAACUCAUAUGCACAUCACUGUUCUGUAUCACCUGUUGAGUUUCUCUGCACUGUCAAGUGCUUGUUUCUCCUAUCAUCUCAUGUGCCUUUGGUCAAACAGCAGUCAUCCAAUCAAAACAUCCAGGCUUUCAGAAGCUGUCAAACUAGCGCAAAAUAAUCCUUCAUGUGAAACAAUCCAUUUUCAGGGUGAUUGACAUUUGCAUUACAAUAUGUCUGUUCCGUGUCACAUUCCUCUUGCUGCUUCUAGUGAUACGGUGUCAAAAUCUGCAUCCCUUGUGCCUUUCGAUUUAUAGAAUACAGAGUGAUCGCAUGAUUAUGAGCGAUUUCUCCCUGAUUGCUUCUCUCGUCUCUUUGCUGCGAUCAGUGGUUUGUGAUUACCGUUUGUGCUGGUGAGCGAGUGUUAAAUGAGUGGACACAGAUCUGAUGAGGGUUUGUGAAGGUCAUGUUGUGUUAGAUGUAUAAUUUAAUAUCCAGCACAGCAGCUGAGCUGUUUUUCAUAAUGGUAAAGAUACGAGCAGGUCUCUGAGGUUGUUGACAUUUGUAAAGUAUAAAGAUAAAUCAAAAAUUUACUAAAACAAGUU